ACAAGAGUGUAGAUAAGAACAUAAUUGUAACAUGUAAUUAACUACUGAUAAAAAGAUAAGCUUAAAUACAGGAAAAUAGACAAGCAUCAAUAUGAAGGUUUUUGUAUAUCUGGUCGUGUUGACUUUGAUGGCAACUUCCGGUGCGGAUGAUACAGAAUCAUCGUUUCAGACGAUGGUCCUGUCUGAAAUAUCAGCAUUGAAAAGUAAAGUUACAGAGCUGGAACAUGAACUGAAGGCAAAGGAACGUGAAAAUCUUAUUCUAAAUAAGCAUCUUCAACACUCUAAAAGAGAAAGCUCUUUCUUCCCAGAAAAUGAAGUCGCGUUUACGGCUCGGGUUUCACAGCAUUUGACGAGUUUGACAGCGCAUCAACCAAUUGUCUUUGGCAGUGUAUUGACUAACGUUGGAAACUACUACAACAGUACGACGGGCGUGUUCUACGUGCCAAUUGACGGAACGUACCAGUUUUUCGUUAACAUUCUCUCCGAGGCCGACAAUUUUAUUGAAACAGAGUUAGUCGUUAAUGGCACUGGGGUUGCAGAAAUCUACUCAGGCGCUGGAAAAUACAAUGGUGCCGGAAGCAACCUCGUUAUCGUGCGCCUUCACCGUGGUGACAAAGUGUGGGUCAAAGUUCACUAUGGCUUUAGCUCUGAUAUGUCUGUUCACUGCUGCUGGUCCACAUUUUCUGGAGUGCUGUUGAGAGUAGUUGCAGAUCUUAAUCAAAUUGUUGGUAUCAAUAUGAAGGUUUUUGUAUAUCUGGUCGUGUUGACUUUGAUGGCAACUUCCGGUGCGGAUGAUACAGAAUCAUCGUUUCAGACGAUGGUCCUCUCUGAAAUAUCAGCAUUGAAAAGUAAAGUUACAGAGCUGGAACAUGAACUGAAAGCAAAGGAUCAUGAAAAUCUUAUUCUAAAUCAACAUCUUCAACACUCUAAAAGAGAAAGCUCUUUCUUCCCAGAAAAUGAAGUCGCGUUUACGGCACGGGUUUCACAGCAUAUGAAGAAUUUGACAGCGCAUCAACCAAUUGUCUUUAGAAGUGUGUUGACUAACGUUGGAAACUACUACAACAACACAUCGGGCGUGUUCUACGUGCCAAUUGACGGAACGUACCAGUUUUUUGUUAACAUUCUUUCAGAGGCCGACAAUAGUAUUGAAACAGAGUUAGUCGUUAAUGGCAACCAGAUUGCAGAAAUCUACUCCGGCGCUGGAAAAUUCAAUGGCGCCGGAAGCAACCUCGUUAUCGUUCGCCUUCACCGUGGUGACAACGUGUGGGUCAAAGUUCAUGCUGCCUACAGCACUGAUAUGUCGGUUCACUGCUGCUGGUCCACAUUCUCUGGAGUGCUGUUGAGAGUAGUUGCAGACCUUAAUCAAAUUGUUGGUUGAAAUUACUUUGUUACAAAAAUUAUCCCUAA